UGACCUGGAUGAUGUUCAAAUUGAUUGUCUUCAUCUGGAUAUAUGGGAUCACGAUGAUGAGUUCUCCGUGGUCGAGGCAGCCAAGAAGUUGAACGAGAUCGCAGGACUGAAGGGUUUGGGCCGUUUUUUCAAACAGGUGGCACAAUCAGCAAGAUCAAAUGAUGACGAUGUUAUUGACGAUUUCCUCGGCUGUGUCAACAUUCCUCUAGAGGAUCUCCCAUCAACUGGCUUGAACCAUUGGUACAAACUUGAAGGCAGGUCAUCACGUUCCAACAUCCAGGGUGAGAUCCACCUCAAGCUCAGCCUGGCCACAAGGGAAAACAGGGGAAUUCAUGAAGAGGACAACUGGUCCGAUGUCCGACAACACGAGGACUUGAUGUGUAUCUUCAUUGAGCAUGAGCUCAGGAGAUACAAUGAUGCAUCCUACAAAUGGACAGGUGACUUGCCACAGGUUGCCAGGACUAUUUUACAUCAGCAUGCUAUACAGGGUGAUAUUACAGAGGGCCAGCAGGCAGUUUGUCGAUGGCGGGCUUACAGCAGAAAACAUAUGGAGCAUCCACUCAGUUAUGACCUUCUCCUUGACCUUCUGAUUGACCUGGACAGACAGUUUGAAGAUGGAACACUAUCUAGAGAAGAGGAGGAAGGAUUAGCUGAAUCCUUCACAAAUUUCAUAGAGUACAGCAAAAGUCUGCUCAAGAAGCUUAGAGAUGUCUACCCUCCUACAAAUAAGAUUGCAUUUUCUCGAUUGGAAAUGAUGUUGAAAUGUCUGUCGACCAUUUAUAACAUGAAUGCGUUCAGAAAAUGCCUCCCAUUUCACCGAGAAUUGCCAUCUGAUAUCCUAAGCCUUGUCAAGAAAAGUACUAUUGAAUGGUAUGGUCGGAUACAUAACUCUUUUCAAGCUCAAAUGAAGGAAGAUGAUGACCUCCUUCAGGGACUCAUAGAACUGUGUAACCAUCUCAAUGGGGAUGUGUUCAAGGCCUACCACAACUACAAUCAAUUGUUUGAAGAACUAACUCAAGUCCAUUAUUUCCAAGUGGUUUACAAACAGCUGGAAAAAAUGCUGUCUGUGGAUGUGAAGAAGAUUUUGGAGGAGGAGCUUGGUGAUGAGAUGAACCAAAGCAUAGAGAAGAUUCUUAAAGCUAACAACUGCCAUCAUGAGCCUUCUGGUCUUAGCGCAGGUACUAUGACUCUCAACACAGGUCUCUUUGAGCUUGACAUCAAGCAGCUGACCAUCCCUAACUACUACCACUGGUUCAAGUGUGCUGUCAGUACAUGGCUUACCAUAGCACAGCAGAGAGCAGUCAGACGCAUCAAAAAAGCUGUGGAGCUGGAAAAAGUUGCUCAUGCAGAUGCAGGAGUGAAAUACAGUACAUCUGCAGUUGAUGUCUGCUGUUGUUUUACUCAGAUUACUGAGUUCUGGAAGCAGCUGGCUUGGCCAGAUAGAGCUGGCGCUUAUCCAUUUGUUUACAAACUUACUGAAGAUAUUUGUGGUGGGGCCAAGUUGUAUGCAGAUCUGGUCCAUACAAAGCUGUCAGAUGAAGGCUACUAUGACGACGAGGGUCAGUUCGAUGUUACAGAAAAGCUGUGUAUCACUAUCAACAACAUUGAGCAAGUCCGUCGAUCCUUGAAGCCUUUGCCCACCCUGCUAGAUUUCAGUGAGAUUCAGCAAGCGGUAGAACUGGCCAGAGAUGACCCUCAUCCUCCCAAAGAGUUGAUGACUGGUCUCUUGGGAAAAGCAUCUCUACAAGGCAUCAUUAAACAAGCAGACGAUGAGAUGAUUAAGAAAAUUCUGCAAGUAGUAGACAGAGUUGCUGAUAAGAUGAGGCCUGACAUAAAGAAAGAUGUCUUCCACUUGAACUGGGCUCCUGAGUCAUUGCCUGCAGAAGAGGCUGUAGGAGAUUUGUUGGAGUACCUUGACAGUAACUUGCUCACCCUAAACAGUUGCCUGUUAAAAACCAACUUUGACAGAAUCCUGUCUUCUAUUUGGGUGGAGGUACUGGAGGAGUUCAGAGAGGUCUUGGAUACAGAAGAGAUGCGCCCACCAGUGUUUUACCAACGUAUGUUUCAAGCCUUGAGUUUGCUGGUUGACUUCCUCUAUGCCAAUGGAAAUGGAUUGGAAAUGGAGGCUAUACUCAUUGAACCAUUUGAGAAUCUCCGCAAGGAAUUAACACUACACAAAAUGGACACCCUGUCCCUUAUUGAAGCCUUUUACAUGGAGAAAAAUGAACAGCAGGCUCACACUGAAAGUACAGAAUAUGGGGUUCUCAAUGUUCGUGUUGUAUACAAAUAUGAUUAUCAUACACUGUUGGUGGAAGUUCUAAAUGCCAAAGACCUAAUUCCACUUGAUGCUAAUGGUCUCAGUGAUCCAUAUGUUUUAAUCUCACUGGCACCUGAACAUGUGUUUCCUGGACUGACCACUCAAAGUACCAAAAUUGUGAAGAAAACUCUCAACCCAGUUUUUGAUGAGUCAUUUGAAUUUCCAGUACAACCCCAUCAGUGCACACAUCAGGGAGCAACUAUUGUGUUCACUGUCAUGGACCAUGACCUAGUUUUCCAGAAUGAUUUUGGAGGAGAAGCCUUCCUUCCUCUCGCAGACGUCCAUGGAGUCAGUGGAGAGGAGGUGUCUGGAUAUGAUGCUCUUAGUAUUACCUCUUUGCCUCUGAUACUGCCUAAAGUUUCAGACCAUGGUGCCUUGGAUGUCCUUAAAAAGAGAACAUGGGACAGUAAAGCACAAGAAUUCAUCAAGAAACGCAGCAAAAUUGAACAACAGGCAACCUGA